GUCGACACAGAAUGGAGAUCGCAUCUAUCUGUCUACUGCUCUCAACACUGAGCAUCACCCCCGACAGAUCUCAAUUCUUUUGGUAUGAAGAAAUCUUUUUGAGGUGCGCGACGCCGGCCAACUCCAGCGGCUGGACCGUGAGGAGAAACACCACCUUCAAGAAGUCCCAGCCAUGCCAGUACGGCUGGGCGAUCCCAGGUGACUCCUCCUGCACCAUUGAGGAUCCCGACAUAUCAGACACCGGAGUGUACUGGUGUGAGUCUCAACGGGGAGAGUGCAGCAACACCAUCAACAUCACAGUGAACGAUGGUGUGAUCCUGGAGAGCCCUGCACUUCCUGUGGUGGAGGGAGAGAAAGUGACACUUCGCUGCUCCUACAAGAAAAAAAGCCAUCGUGAACCCACAUCGGAUUUCGACGCUCACUUCUACAAAAACGGCGUGUUCAUCGGCACCGAGAGAGAGAUGAUCCUUCGAGCAGUGUCUAAGUCUGAUGAGGGUUUCUACAAGUGUGAACAUCCCUCAAGGAAACAGUCACUGCAGAGCUGGCUGGCAGUGACAGAGAAACCUCAGCGAACAAGCAUCCUGACCACUCAUCCUCCUCCACUGACCACCCACUUUCGCACUGGGUUUCUAGUGUGUGCCACCCUGCUGUUAAUUCUCUACACUAUCGUAACGAUAGUGAGUAUUUACGUACACCGAAAGGUGGCUCGAGCUCGAGCUGAGGCUAAAAGAAGAGCCGCCGGUCGUCUCGAAGCAGAAUGAGGAGUCGCGUUUCCUGCUCAGAGGAAGAAGAAGAAAUUACACUGAAAAACUGACCAAUUAUAUGCUGACCAAUAUUAUUGCUUAAUGUUAUUGUUUUACAAUCUCAUAGCUACUAUAACAUGAUGCUUAAAUCAAGGUGACGCCUACAUUGUUUAUUUAACAAUGAACUGAACUGAACCAUGUUGAAAAUGAGUUUUAUUUUUAAAGAGUCAAACUGACAUUAAGCUGGAUGCUGUACACGUUAUAUUAUUUACCAAAGUUUAUCUGUACUGUCUUUGCGAAGCUCCAAACAAGGAAAUAAUAAAUAGAAACUAAAUAAACAGACGUCUGUAUUAGUUUUAAAGGACUUUCCUGUUUCUCUCACUGUAGCUAUUUGAAUAAAGGAAAAGCUUCUUUAAAAAUCACUGACGCUCUUCACUUCAAAU